AAAGAUUUUCUAAACUAAUUGCCCCACUUUGUGAUCUCAAUUUUCUGCAGAAGACCUUCAACUGGGACAUUCCAUUUCUAACGCAAGUUUACCAAGAAAGCCAUCAUGAGCAUUGUGAGGUCAACUGGCUUGCUUUUUUUUUCCGUUUUCUUGUUCAUCCUGUUUUCUGCCGAAGGAGCAGGGAACUGUGAGAUCGAAUUGAUUCACGGAUGUAUUUCUAAGUACAAGGGGAUUCUCAGAGCCAAACCCAAUCCGGAAGAUCAUUGCUCACGUGUCCAGGACGUUGUAUUAUCCUUUGCUGAGAAUCCUUCUUGCAAAGGACCAUCAAUAAACCGCUUUCGCUUCUGGAUUUUGCAAGAAGCAAUGUUAGAAGUCAAACUAAAAAUCUGCCCACAAGUGAACUACAAAAGCCUGAAGGAUUGUGUUGAAAACACAGAUGUUGCCAAGGAGCAUACACUGGUUGAAAACUAUGGCCUCGGAGACUCGUUCGACCCAUGUGCUGCCGAAGUUCAUACCAUGUGCAGUAAAACGUUCCUGGAUUUGAUGAAGCAAAACGAACGCAUUUGUGGUGAUUCGGCCCAGUGGUUUGCAUGCUACCGUAAAGUAGCCGAGAAAAAGAACUGCAACUCGCCAAUUAUCAAAAAUUACGCUGAUUUUGUCGAAAAGAUGGGAAUUCAACUUGUCAGUGAUGCCUUGUUUGCGAAUUCAUGUAGCAUCGCAAUCUAAAGGUUUUUAUCGUUGUCUCCUAAACAUAUACAUGUUGAACGAACAAAGUUAUCUCAAUCAGAGAAUAAAACUGAAUACGA